AUGAAUCCACCACAAGCAAUCUCCAUUCUCUUCUUCUUCUUCUUAGAUUAUGUCUCUGCACAAUCUCCUCCUCCUCCUCCGUACACAACCAACGACCUCUUCAAGCCGAGCUUAGUCAUCACCACCGGAAUUUUCUCCGCCGUCUUCACACUCACCUUCGUUCUCCUCGUCUACGCCAAGUGCUUCCACAACGACCUCCGAUCAGAGACCGACGAGGACCGAGAGAUAGGAAGACUCGAGCGUCUAUGGCAAGGACUCUUCAAUCAAUCAUCUCGAUUAUCAUCAGGUCUCAACAGAACAGCAAUCGAGUCUCUUCCCUUCUUCAGAUUCUCUGCUUUGAAAGGAUCGAAACAAGGUCUUGAGUGUUCUGUCUGUUUGUCUAAAUUCGAAGACGUUGAGAUACUUAGGCUUUUGCCUAAAUGCAAACACGCUUUUCAUAUAUAG